GAUCAUACGAAGAAUAUUUGUUGUGUUUCUUCUUUGAAUGUUAGCUGUAGAAAAAAAGAAAAGCAUAAACUUUUAUUUAUAUUUUUCAUCCACGCAUGCAUGAAAAGUUACAAAAAUAAAGAAAGACAAAUUAAAUCAAAGGAAUAUCGAAAUUUCUUCGUGAAUAAAGAUAAAGAAAUGGAUAUUAAAAUUUCUCUGUGAGAAAACACAAAGAAGGACAAAUUAAGCCAGAAAGGGAUAUCGAAAUUUAUGUUGAACAAACACAAAGAAGGACAAAUUAAGCCAGAAAGGGAUAUCGAAAUUUAUGUCGAACAAACACAAAGAAGGACAAAAUAAGCCAGAAAGAGAUAUCGAAAUUUAUGUUGAACAAACACAAAGAAGGACAAAAUAAGCCAGAAAGGGAUAUCGAAAUUCAUGUUGAACAAACACAAAGAAGGGCAAAAUAAGCUAGAAAGGGAUAUUGAAAUUUAUGUUGAACAAACACAAAGAAGGACAAAUUAAGCUAGAGACGAGACGGACAUAGAAAUUUCUUCUUUGUUACCAAAUAGAAAACAUGAUUAUGGGAUCUUCAAGUAGAAAAAGGGAAAUUAUAGAAGAUUUGUCAAUAAUAGGAGGAUUAAUAGGGGUACAAUUCAUGUAUGCAGGAAAUUCAGUGGUUUCAAGUUAUCUUAUGUCAUUAGGUUUCAAACCUUCAUCUUUAAUUAUCUUGUCUUCAUUGGCUACUUUUCUCAUCCUUUGUCCAUUUUCUUUCAUGUUUGAAAGGAGUCAAUGGCCCAGGCAGAUGAGUUUAAAAUUAUUGAUUCAACUAUUUCUAAUUUCAUUUGGAGGGGUCACAUUAUUCCAAUCUUUAUUCAUGGAGGGAAUCAAAUUUACUUCACCUUCAAUGGCAACAGCUAUGCCAAAUCUUGCACCAGGACUCAUCUUUCUCAUUGCUUGGGCUUUUGGAUUAGAGAAAGUGGAGCUAAGAUGCAAAUACAGCAGAGCUAAAAUUGCAGGAACAUUAAUGUGUGUAACAGGGGCAAUACUCAUGAGCCUAAUGCAAAAUACAACAAAUGCUGAAAUAGAUUUGCCAUCUUCACCUCCUCAUGACAAAUACAAUCUUUUCGAUUCGGAAAAGAUCAAAGGUUCAUUGUAUCUCAUGGCAGCUAUACUCGUAUUAUCGAGUAAUAUAGUCUUACAGGCAGCAACAUUAGGUGAUUUUCCAGCACCAAUCUCUUUAUGUGCUAUAACAUCACUUAUAGGCAUGUUAUUGACUGGAUUUGUACAAUUAAUUCAACACGGAUCGAUGGAAAUUGGAUUGCCCCUCUUAAGUAUUCGCGACUUAAUUGGCUACUCGUUAUUGGCAGGUAUUGUAAGUGGAGCAUGUGUAAGUUUCAAUAAUUGGGCAAUGAAGAAAAGAGGGCCAGUUUUGGUCUCUGUUUUUAGUCCUGUUGGGACUUUGUUAACUGUAGUUCUUUCAGCUGUCACUUUAAGAGACACAAUUACUACAGGAAGCCUUGCUGGUAUGUUUCUGAUGUUUACGGGUCUAUAUUUCGUGCUAUGGGCGAAGAGGAAAGAGGGUUUUCUAAAUAAUAACAUGACGAAUUCAUCAUCAGAAAUAGCACGACGGAAUAUAGCCAAUCCUAACUUGUAUGGGACCGAGGUGUAGUUAUUGAUAUAGUAAGCAUGGCGGAAUGUGCAUUGUCACCAUUAUUGUUGAUGUAUCUCUGUUCUUGUAAACAAAUGAUUUUAUUUAUUUUUUGGAAAAACUUGGAGAUUUAUUUA